AUGAAGUUCUUCACAGCACUUUCCGCACUCGCCAAACUCGGCCUGGUGCAUGGACAGGGCAACAUGGUUCCUAGUUCCGCAUCUAACAACAAGGUCGAUGGCAAGCCAUCCGUGCAACGCGAUAUCGCAAAUCUGACCUUCUACACCGUCGAGUUCCUCCCCAAGGCCCCUAUCCUUCGAUUCGAGAGUACUCUGGUGAUCCCCGCUUCCUCACCAGAUGCCUCACCAGACGGGGAUGUCCAAGCUUUGUGGCCCGGACUACAAACAGACACGCUGCUGCAAAAUGUCGUCACAAACGUAGGCGGCGGCCCCCACGAGUGGUAUCUCCUACCCUUCUACUGCUGCCACCCAGCCGGAAAGCUCACCGCCCAGAGGCGUAUCUACCCCGGGGACUUACUCACAAACAGCUAUAUUUGGGACAUGGCGCACAACAAAUGGCUCGACACCUGGGCCCUGACGCCCGGACCCGAGGGUAGCAAAGCAGGCCUCGCGGCUUUCCAAGGCGGUCUGACAUUCGACCAAACAACCGCGUCGAAAGAACAGAGCGGAUUGGUCCCAAAGCCUUACGACCAACCCGUCCUCGCGAUUGAGCUUCAGGGGCAUGGGACUUGGGAUUUCGGUGCGGUGACGUGGCGCAACAUCAUCAUGGAGGCGAAUACCACGGAGACGGAUUGGUGUACCAUGGUCACUACCGACAAUCCGAUGAAGUUGACCACUUCGCCUCCCGUGGUGCGCACUGAAGGGAACGUGACCACGUGCUACAUUUCUCAAAUGACUUUCGAAUCGCCUACUGAUAAGAAGGGGUCUCGAUGA